UCAUCUUCAUCUUUCUCUCUUCUUCACAACACGCAACCCUUUUCACCCUUUUAGAUCUCUCUUUUCAACGUUUCUUCAUAUGAUUUGAGUAUGACACUUUAGUUUAGUUUAGUUUAGUUUAGUUUCUUUUUCAGAUACACACCAUUGCAAUCUUUCUCAGGAAUCAAAAAGGGGUGUGCUACCCUAUAUCUAGGCCAAUGAAGAGGAACAAUUUCAUGAAAGACUAUGCCAACAAUAACCCAUCAUCAAAAGACUUCACCCAUGUUGUCAACUGCUACAAAAACCACAACCAGAUGGCUAAAGAGUUGUGCAAUGCAGAUCAGGACUAUGUCAAUGGCUUCCCAUGGCCUCCAAGAUCAUACACUUGUAGCUUCUGCAGGAAGGAGUUCAAGUCUGCUCAGGCUCUUGGUGGACACAUGAAUGUUCAUAGGAGGGAUAGAGCAAGGUUGAGGCAGUCACCCCCAACUGAAGGUCAAGCCCACAUGUUCAACCUUAACCUUGACCCUUCCACAACAAACCCUAACCACAACUCAACCUCAUCUUGGUCCUUGUUACCACCAUCUUCUUCAUCUUCACCUACUCUCAAACCUGUCACUUGCACAUUACCCUUGUUUGUUUCUCCCACUCCUCCCUCACCUUCUUCUGAGUUCAAGAGAUGGGUUGUUGUGGAUGGCAUUCUGUUAAACCCUUUGAGCACAAACACCCCAGAGCACUCUAAGUCAAAGAUUCCAGAAUCUGGAGAACAUGAUCAUGCUUUUGCAAGAGAAGAUGGGUGCACAGUGUUGAAGAAAGGAGAAAUUCUGAGGAUGGAUUUGGAGAUAGGUUUGCCUAGAACUUAUGAUUUAGAUCUGGAGCUUCGUUUGGGUACUACUUACUCUUAGUCCACACUCACCACUCACACCGAUAGGUACGAAGAAACCAGCAUAUGUAGUAGUUGUUAACUAGUUAUCAUAUUUCUCUAUGUUAAUUUACUAGUUUAGUUAUAAGGUUGGCAUGCAGCAAGAAGAUUGGAUGAUUAUUAAC